AGGGAGGGGGGGAGAAGGGCGGGCACGAACCUUUCCUCAAAGUCAACAUUUUAUACUUUUGAUACUCCUCUCGGCCGGAUUGUUCACUCCUCUUUUCGCAGCCGUUUCCAGAUCCAGGACACCGAUCCACCGCGCGCAGCCGUCCACGGCGGGACCGAGACAAGAAGGACAACUCUCCGGGAGAAAGAAGCAGCGAGACGGGGCGUCCAGAUAACAGGAGUACCGCGAGGACCGCGGAGGGGACCGAGUUCCAGUGGAUGAUCGGGGAGAGGGGGUCGGGUGGAUGCGGGGGGGGGAUCCUUUUUUUUUGUUGCCCAAAGACGGGGACGUGCAUGUUCCCUGACCUAACUCGCGGAUGCACGUGAAAAGACAACCGGAGGAGCUCGGCCAUCGGCAAACGUCCAAUGGAUAUACCUGAAGAAGGGCUGCCUACUCCUUCGUCCUCUCCAUCCAGCGCCACUGUGUCCCUGCAGGACCCUGCUCUCCGAGACGUGUCCUCGCCCCUCAACUCCCUGCAACACUAUGGUUAAAGUGUAUGCCGAGAUUCAUCUCUGUAACAUUAUCCGCCUCUCCAUCCGCCGCUCAUCUCGCACAGGAAGUCAUCCGUCAAAACAACACAGCGUCCCUCUCUCGGCUCAGUGGAGUCCGUCAAUAUCUGUGAAGAGACACUAAGCGAAAGUCUCCGACGCGGUCGUCCCUGUCGUCGUCCGUUGGGGGGGGGGGGGCGUCUCAAGAGGGUCAAUCUCUCCAUUCACAGUACGGCAAGUAUGGCGCUGGGAAUCUCCACCACUCCCUUAUGAGCACCGCUCCAUGCGCACCAAAUCUCCUCUGAGCUCCGUGGCCCCCCCCUCGCCCUGUGCCGGACCCCGCUCUGAACCACCCCCCCGCCCCCAGCCCGCCAUGCUCCUCCAGGCCGUGUGUCUGCUGCUGCUGCUGCACUGCUUGGCCUCCGCCCUGGGCCAGUACGAACUGUGCAAGUCCCUGGUGAGCACGGACGAGGGCUCGGUGUGGGAGCAGUACGCCUGCCAGCCGAAGACCGCCUCCAUGAGGGACUACAUGCGGAUCAAGGUGGACCCCCCGGGAAUCACCUGCGGGAACCCGCCCGAGAGGUUCUGCACCCUGGAGAACCCAUACCUCUGCAGUGAUGAGUGUGAUGCCUCCAACCCGGACCUGGCCCACCCUCCUCAGCUGAUGCAGGACAAGGAACGCAACGGCCUGCUCACCUACUGGCAGACGGUCACAUGGAGACGGCACCCGGAGCCCCUGCUGGCCAACAUCUCCAUGGCCUGGAACAAGAGCCUGGAGCUCACGGACGACGUCCAGAUCACCUUCGAGUACGGCCGUCCUUCCAUCAUGGUGCUGGAUAAGUCCAUGGACCACGGGCGCUCGUGGCAGCCCUACCAGUUCUACGCAGACGACUGCAUGGACGCCUUCAACAUGCCACCCAAGCGCGUGCGCGACCUCUCGCCCGCCAACAUCACGCGGGUCAUCUGCACCGAGCAGUACUCGCGCUGGGUGGGCUCCAAGAACGACAAGAACGUGAAGUUCGAGGUGCGGGCGCGCUUUUCCGUGUUCGCAGGGGCGCGGCUGCAGAAGAUGGACGACCUGUACACUCGCAUGGAAAGUAUGAAGGGCUUGAGGGACUUCUUCACCUUCACCAACCUGAGGAUGAGGCUUCUCAGGCCCGCCCUCGGGGGCACCUACGUCCAGAGGGACAACCUGCUCAAGUACUUCUACGCCAUCUCCAACAUCGAGGUACCAGCCAGGUGCAAGUGUAACCUCCAUGCCGCCCAGUGCCUGCUGCAGGACGGGAACCUCCAGUGCCAGUGUGAACACAACACCACGGGCCAGGACUGCCAGCGCUGCAAGAAGGGCUUCAAAGCCAAGUCCUGGAAGGCCGGCUCCUACCUGCCGUCGCCCAACGGAACCCCCAACUCCUGUACAAUCGCUGGUUCUCCCUCCGGUACUAACUGCGAGUGCUACGGCCACUCCAACCGCUGCAGCUACAUCGACUAUCUGAACAUCGUCACGUGCGUCAGCUGCAAGCACAACACCCGGGGCCAGAACUGCCAACACUGCAGGCUGGGCUACUUCCGCAACGCCUCCGCCGAACUGGACGACGAGAGCGUCUGCGUGGAGUGUAACUGCAACCAGAUGGGCUCGGUUCACGACCGGUGUAACGGCACAGGCUUCUGCCAGUGCAAAGACGGCGCCGCGGGCGCCAAGUGUGACGACUGUGAGCCGGGAUACUACUGGAAACAAGGCUGUUACUCCAACGUUUGCGACGAGGAGAUGCUCCUGUGUCAGAACGGAGGAACGUGCCACCAGAACCAGAAGUGCGUCUGUCCCCCGGAGUUCAAAGGGGUGCUGUGCCAACAGUCCCGCUGCGAGGCGGGCAAGGACUGCAACGCCGCCUCUUCCCUGCACCCUCCCACGGCCACCCUGCUGCUCUGCACUCUGCUCGCCGGCCUGCUGGCCACGCUAAGUCCGCACUGAGCCACGGCAAGAAGAGAAAACUCCACCACCUCGGAGUGUGUGUGUGUGUGUGCAUGUGUGUGUGUGUACGAGAGGCAAACGGUGACCCCGGAAUGGGAAGGGCUGCCGCCCCCCACACACACACACACACACGUACAUGUACACGCACAUGCACAACUCUUAACUAGCCCCCAGUCUCCUAUUAACACAUUAUAUAUAUAUACACACACGCACACACACACACACAACAGGACUGUUAUGAGUGUGUGCUCAGGUGUGAGAAGGACGAACAGAGAAGAAAAAGGUGAGCGACCUCGGAGAAAAAAGGGUGGAAGAAAAAGAAAAACGAUACCAACCACUGUUCCCUUUUUUCCUGAGCUGGAGCAACGUGCAUCAAACCAAAAAGCAUAAACGAAACACUUAAAAUCACCACUAUUUCACGACCCACGAGGAGCUUAUUUUUUUUCCUUCUUUUUUCUUGGUUGAGUUCAGGAUCUCGGCUCUGUUUGACUGACACCACCUGUGCGUGCGUGCGUGCGUGUGUGUGUGUGUGUGUGUGUGUGUGUGUGUGUGUGUGUGCGCGCGGUCGGACUCGGUGAGAGAACGCGACGGGACGGACGAGUCAGGAGGCCAGAUGUGCGUUCGAUCCUGCUGCUGAGGCCUAUAUAGUAUAUAACCCAGGUUUCAUUUUUCUCAAAAGAUGAUACUUCAUUUUACAUUUAUUAUAUUUCUGCUGCAUUCUUUUUUUAUUAUAUCUUCAGUUAUUGUAUUUACUGUGCCCACUAACAGUCGCUGAGAUUAUACAUAUUAUAUAAUAUCCAGGGGGUUACGAAUAAUAAAGAUUUAGUCACUAUUAUGGUUGUCAUAGGAAUGAGUGAUUGUUGCCACACUUAGCGAGAUUUAAUUAUCACACAGUAUUCAGGAAGCAGAAUUUAACAGAAUAUACCUUAUCAGAAGUCUAAAAAAGAGAGAAAAGAUAUCGACCACGUAUCAAUAUUAUAUGACAUUAUUUGAAUAUUUUUUGUAGAAAUUAUUUUUGUUUGGAGUUACAAUAAAUUAUGAAAAAUGACAUUUACAACUAUUCCAAAUGAGCGUUUUAUUACACCGAGUGUAAAGCUUGCAGUAAAAUGACUGUUAUUUGCCUUCUUGCUUGUACUUUUGUCAUUCAAACGAGUGUACACACUGUUAACAUAUUGUUUCCCCAGCGGGGUGAAAAGGUCAUCCUUUUAACCAUCCAAUCCAUGUUUGACGUUGUGUUAAAUGCUCUUAAUUACACACUAGUCACAAAGAACUGCUCCAUGUCAGGAGAAUAUAAAUUAUUUUAUUCCGAUAACAGUUGCAAAGAGGUCUUUAUAUCUGAAAAUGUCACCUGCAGAUCCAGAACAAUUGAUGCACUAAUUAUAAAAUGUGUUCCACUGUACAAACAAUGGAGAUAUACUGAUUCCUGAGAAAGCAGGACUGACCCCGAGGACGGAUUUCUCAUCUAUAACUCUCCUUUGCAAGCCUGUUCCAGUAACAGGUUGGGUUUUGUAAAAUAAAUGAAUAUUUGCCUCUGUGAAA